AUGCCCGUUGGAGUGGAUAACAAGAAUAGUCCUAUUCAAACCAACAAGUUCUAUGCCAACUUCUUUGCCAACAACCAAGAUAAUGCUACAUGGACUCACCCGUACUCGAUCUGGCGGUCCAGCGACCCUGUCAAACAAGGCUAUGGCUUGUCUAUCUCUCAUACGGAUCGCGACGAAUUUAUCUACGGACCCGGAAAUCCCGUAAAGUCUUUGGAAGAUCCGGCGUUUCGGCAAUCGAUCGCUCUUUCAGCGCGAGAGUUGCAGAAUGGAACAGUUUUGACCACGGACUCGCUAACAGCAUUCUCUGCCAACGUGAAAAUUGCGCCGAGGAGAGGUGCGAAGCCUCUUAUAUCGUUCCCCGUCGUACAGGGCAUGGCUUUCGUCACUGCUGUCUACAGCAACGCCACUGUUGUUAUUCAAUCUCAAAAGCGGUUCUCGAAUAUCACCGAUCUCCAUCUGAGCUCUGCUGACCCUAGUUACUCGGUGUAUGGUUGGAGUGUCCGGUUGGGUGAUGGGUCGAGUUGGUUGAUCUACCUUACUCCCGCUUGCUUGUCUGACAGACCGACCCUUCAAAUGAUUGACAAAGGAACGAUCUUGGGUCCAAAAGGCUUUUCUGGAACAGUCCAAGUUGCCAAGAAUCCUGCAGGAGCAGCCGGUAUCGACAUCUUCAACAGAGCUGCUGGAGUCUACCCAGUCGGUGCCACCAUCUCGGGCACUGUUUCCGGCCGCACUGGCAUCUAUACCCUGGCCUGGACGAAGAGGGGUAUAGAGAAACGGACAUUGCUCAUGUUUGCUCUGCCGCAUCACGUUGCUUCAUUUAAUACAGAGACCGCGAGGGGUCUCACCAACAUCACGUUGGCCAGCACAACCAAGGGAAUUGCCACUGCUGUACUCGCAGACGAGUUCUCUAUGGUGGAGCAUGAACUUCCUACUGACAUUGGAUUCGAUCCAUGGUCACCGCGUCUAGGAUCCGCGGGAUCUAAGGGCUCCGCAGCAACAGUAUCUCAGGAUGCCAAAGCGGCAAUCAUCAAGGCUGCAAAGGUCGAGCUGGCUCGGGAUAUCACAAAGCUUACCAAUCUGACAUCAAAGUACUAUGGUGGAAUUGCCUUUUCGGUCUACGCGAGAGCCUUGUAUGCUGUCCAUAACAUUGCUGGAGACACGUCGUUCACGGCUAGUUCCCUUGCAAAACUUGAAGCUGCCUUUGACAGGUACGUCAAGAACGAAGAACCAAAUCCCUUAUGCUACGAUGACGUGUGGAAGGGCCUUGUCUCUUCUGCGUCCUAUGACAAUAAGGACUCUUCAAUCGACUUCGGCAACACAUACUACAACGACCAUAACUUCCACUAUGGCUACUAUGUGUAUACUGCCGCAAUCAUUGCGCACUUCAGCCCCUCUUGGCUGAGCAAGAACGGCGGAGUGAACAAGGUUUGGGUCAACAAUCUCAUCCGUGACUGGUCUAACCCAUCGGCCGAAGACCCUUUCUUUCCCUUUUCACGAUCCUUCGACUGGUUCCACGGCCACAGCUGGGCCCGGGGCGUCCUUGAGGCCCCUGACGGCAAGGAUCAAGAGUCUUCAGCCGAAGACGCCUUUUCGACCUACGCCAUCAAGAUGUGGGGUAAAGUCACUGGUGACGCCAACCUUGAGGCCCGUGGAAAUCUUCAACUUGCAGUGACGGCGCGCAGUCUACAGUCGUAUUUCCUCCUGGCAAGCGAUAACGACGUUCAACCAGCCAAAUUUAUUGGGAAUCGCGCGACGGGCAUCCUCUGGGACAGAAAGAUCAAUCACACGACAUACUUUGGCGACGAGAUUGCUUAUAUCCAGGGCAUCCACAUGCUUCCAAUUGUGCCGAGCAGCGCUUACGUCCGCAAACCAACUUUUGUACGUGAAGAAUGGGAUCAGUAUUUCGCCGGCAACAAGUCUGGAUCGCUGAGCAGCGGCGGUUUCGCGGGUCAUAUCUAUGUAAAUCUCGCGAUUGCAGACAAGGCCGGGGCCAUUGAGAGUUAUGCCUUCUUCAGGAAUCAGACUACCGAUAGUCCCUACCUCAGUGGGUCGAGCCUGACUUGGGAUCUGGCGUAUACGGCGGCGUUGGGCGGAAGUUUGACAUCUAACGUGUCUGUCAAUUCAACGCGUCUUUGGGUCUGA